AUGGAGGCGGUAGACAACGCCAGUUCUGUGCAGGCGGCAAUUCGAUGGCUGCUUCAGACCAUCCUUCCGAGCCUCGGCAAGCUGGACGGGUGGAUUCGCCAAGCAGGGCCCUCUGCCGAGGUGGAGGGGCUGAGGGACGAGAUCGAGCAAGUCGACGGGGUCGUCUCUGCCGUGAACGACAGGGCGGCCCGAAACAGGUCGGUGGCCAGAUCCCUCGCAGCCCUCAAGCAGCUGCUCUACCACGCCGACGACACGGUCGACUAG